AUGGACGAGUUCGCAGCGCCCCAGCUGUUCGUGGCCGGGGGCACCGCUGGCGAGCUUCUCGGCGGCGAGGAGACCGACCCGGCGCUGCAGGUGGACUCCAAGUACGUCAAGGAGCGCUUCUCCGAGUUCAUCAAGUCCUUCGAGCGCAAUGCUCGCGGUUUCACCGCCGAAGUUCCAGUGUAUCGAGAGGAGCUGUUCCGGCUGCGGACGCACGUGCGCGUGGACGUGACGGACCUGGAGUCGUGGGACAACACCCUGACCGAGGCGCUGGGGCAGCAGCCGAGCGCGUACCUGCCGCUGUUCGAGGAGGCCGCGGCCGAGGUCCUGCAGGCCUCGCGCGUCCUCGCCGACGACGGCUCCGAGCCCGAGCGGCCCGACGUGCAGGUGAUCCUGACGUCAUCGCGUCAGGUCGGACCAGCGAGCAUGCGUGGUCUGACCAGCAAACACGUCAGCUCGCUCGUGAUGAUCCGAGGCAUCGUGACCGCGGCGUACCGCCCGACGAGCAAGGCCACGCACCUCACCAUCCAGUGCCGGGGCUGCCAGGCGAAGCGCCAGCUGCUGUGCCAGCGCGGCAUGGACGGCACGAUCAUCCCGCGCACGUGCGACGCGGGCGGCGAGGGCACCAACUGCGGCCUGGACCCUUUCGUUAUACUCCCCCACCAGUCGGUCUACGCCGACACGCAGAAGCUCAAGCUGCAGGAGCUCCCCGAGGACGUGCCCACGGGCGAGCUCCCGCGCUCGAUGCCCCUCGUCUGCGAGCGCAAGCUCGUCGACCGCGUCGUGCCAGGCACGCGCGUUACGGUGCUGGGCAUCCUGUCGGUCCAAAGCGAGGGCGCGAAAAUGAAGGGCAAGGGCCGCGGCGGGAAGGACGUCGCCGUGCGGCAGCCGUACAUCCGCGUCGUCGGCAUCGAGACCGACAGCGGCGACGGCACCGACAGCGAGCAGCGGUCGACCCCGCAGUUCACGCAGGAGGAGGAGGCGGCGUUCCGGGAGUUCGCUGCGCAGCCGGGAGCGAAGGAGCGCAUUCUCGGAAUGAUAGCGCCGCAGAUCUUCGGGUCGGACGACAUCAAGAAGGCGAUCGCGUGCCUGCUCUUCGGGGGCUCGCGCAAGGUCCUGCAGGACGGCGUCGGGCUGCGCGGCGACAUCAACGUGUUGCUGCUCGGCGACCCGUCGACCGCGAAGAGCCAAUUUCUGAAGUUUGUGUCCAAGACGGCUCCCGUGGCGGUGUACACGUCCGGGAAGGGGUCGUCGGCCGCGGGGCUGACGGCGACGGUCGUGCGGGACGCCAACACGCGGGAGUUCUACCUCGAGGGGGGGGCUAUGGUGCUGGCAGACGGGGGAGUGGUGUGUAUUGACGAGUUCGACAAGAUGCGCGAGGAGGACCGCGUGGCGAUCCACGAGGCGAUGGAGCAGCAGACGAUCUCCGUCGCGAAGGCCGGCAUCACGACGGUGCUCAACUCGCGCGCGGCGGUGCUGGCGGCGGCGAACCCGCCGUCGGGGCGGUACGACGACCUGAAGUCGGCGCAGGACAACAUCGACCUGCAGACGACGAUUCUGUCGCGGUUCGACCUCAUCUUCAUCGUCAAGGACGACCGCACGUUCGAGCGGGACCUGCGCAUCGCGCGGCACGUGCUGGGCGUGCACGGGCACGCGGGCGGCGCGGGGCGGUCGCCCGUGGAGGAGGCGGCGCAGCAGGAGGAGGCCGAGUUCCUCCGGCGGUACAUCCAGUUCGCCAAGUCCCGCAUCCACUCGCGCCUGUCUGACGACGCCAUGGGGGUCCUGACCGGGAAAUACGUCCACUACCGGGCAGAGUUCCAGGCGGCGCGAGCACGCAAGGAGGAUUGCGUGCCGAUCACGGUGCGGCAGCUCGAGGCGAUGAUCCGCAUCGCGGAGUCGCUGGCGCGCAUGACGCUGCGCGAGACGGCCACGGCCGCGGACGUCGAGGAGGCAGUCGCGCUGUUCGAGGUUGCGACGAUGGACGCGGCGAAAAGCGGCAUGGCGCGCGACGUGCACGUGAGCGAGGAGGACCGCGAGCAGCUGCGGGGCAUCGAGGGGCAGAUCAAGCGGCGCAUCGCGGUCGGGGCGCGCGUCCCGGAGCGCCGGCUGGUCGACGAUAUGAAGCGGGCGGGGUUUGCGGAGGGGCUGGUGCGGCGGGCGCUGAUGGUGAUGGUGAACCGGAAGGACCUGGACUACCUGCAGGAGCGGCGGAUGCUCAAGCGGCUGCGGUGA